GGGUUUUGGAGUGAAAUGGUUUUUUUAUUAUGUGGGAGGGGAUUCCCAUAAAAUAUCAAACAUUUACCAUUUACAAGUUAUAGUCCUUUCCUUUUGUCAUCUGGUUGGUGAGUUUUUAGAACAUUUCCCUUGUUACUCCUAAGUUGUUCGCCAUUAUUAUUUGUUGCUGCUGCCAUUUAUUGAAUGCAUCUCAUUUACUUCAAUCUCUGAGCUGGGCAUGAUUCUUGUGUUUUCUUCUUUUAUCAAUUCUCAUCUGUAAUUUGUUGUUUCCUCCUAACAACAUUAUUAGCACCCAAAAAGCUGUUAAACCCCCACUAAUCUGAAUCCUGUUCAUGCAUUUUGAUACUCUAAAAAUCAAUCCUUUUUAUGAUAACUGAUUUCUACCCUGUCUUUGCAUACAUUUGUAUUGUCAAAUCCCAAUCCUUGAUUCUUGGGUUUUCAGGAAAAGCCUUUCUUAAUCUGAUAUAUUCAUCAAAAACCCCCUUUUUUUUUUCCUGUAUUCAUACAGUUUCAUAUGAAAUCUUGAAGUUUUAUACAAUCUUGGGGUUUGUUUUUUGAGAGUGAUGCGAAUUGGGACUACCAAAAAUGGCAAAUCUUGUUCCUGGGGUGCUUCUCAAGCUUCUACAACACAUGAACACAGAUGUGAAGGUCGCCGGCGAGCAUAGGUCUUCUCUGUUGCAAGUAGUGAGCAUAGUCCCUGCAUUAGCCGGAGGUGAGCUUUUCCCUAACCAAGGGUUUUACCUAAAGGUUUCGGAUUCCUCUCAUGCCACAUAUGUUUCUUUACCGGAUGAACAUGAUGAUUUGAUUCUCAGUGAUAAGAUCCAGUUAGGUCAGUUUAUUCACGUUGACCGGCUGGAGUCUGGUUCGCCGGUCCCCAUUCUCCGGGGGGUUAGGCCAGUCCCCGGCCGGCACCCUUGCGUUGGAACUCCAGAGGAUCUUGUUGCAACCCACUCACCUGGGUUCCUCAGUAAUGGUAGUAAUGGUAGUUCUUCAGGGUCAAAGCCGGGGGAGAAGGUAAAGUCAGUCUCAAAUGUAGGAAUAGGGAAUGGUCAUGGUAGGGAGAAGGAGAAACCGGUGGGGGUUAGAUCCAAUGCAAGUGCUAAGGAGGAUCAAACAGAUAAGAAAAAACCAUCUUUGACUGUAUCAAACUCAUCAAAAUCUCAGUUAUUAAGACUGGGAUUGAAUUUGGAAGUGAAGAAGGAGUCUUCAGGGAAAGUGAAGUCACAGAGUUCACAGGGUUCGCGGUCAAUUCCUUCUUCUCCUACAAGUUGUUACUCAUUGCCAACUUCCUUUGAGAAGUUUGCAAAUGGUAUGAAGCAGCAGGCAAGGAUUAAAGGGCUAGAUAAGGGAAGUCCCAAGGUGGGAUCAGCAGAAAAGGCAGUUUCUCUUCAUGGAGCAAGUACACCCAGGAAACAGGUUCCGGUCAUCAAGACUAUGGUUCAGGGGAUUGAGUUGGGAGCAAAGGCUUUGAGAAAGAGUUGGGAAGGGAAUAUUGAAAUUAAGACUAGGGAUAAUUCUAAAAUGAGGGGCACCAAACAUGAACUGAAGUCUGAAUCUCGGAGUAUUUCUACCCCUCGAAAGAGCACAUCAAGUGAAAGGCUGCCAUCUAAAGAAGAGAAUAAAUUCCAGAUAUCUUCGAAGUCCUCAAAGGGGGAUGGUAAAGUUCAGGCAUCGGUUAAGAAAGUCAUUGCAAAUGGAGGGUCAGAUGAUCAAGAAAAGCCAACUAAGCCAAGAAUCUCUAUUGGAAAAAAAUCAUCUGGAGAAGCAGCUAAUAAUGGAGCCCUAGGGAAUUUGGUCAAAGUGUCAGUAAACAGUAAAAGAUUGACAGAAGGAAGUGUUUCAUGGGGUUCACUUCCCUCUUCUCUUGCAAAGCUAGGAAAGGAAGUCAUGAGACAGAGAGAUGCAGCGCAAACAGCAGCAAUUGAAGCUUUACAAGAGGCAGCUGCUUCGGAGAGCUUAAUUCGAUGUUUAAGCAUUUAUUCUGAUUUAACUACCUCUGCGAAGGAAGAUAACCCACAACCAGCAGUAGAGCAGUUCUUGGCCCUCCAAGCAAGCUUGGAUAAUGCUCGUAAUAUUGCAGAUUCUUUAUCAAAAACUAUUCCAGUUGGUGAAUCUCCCGAUCACGAAGGAAAUCCCUCAGAAGAAGCAUUAAGGAUCACAUCAGAAAGACAAAAACAGGCAUCCUCAUGGGUGCAGGCUGCAUUGGCAACCAAUCUAUCAUCCUUCUCUGUAUUCAGUAAAGACGUUAAUUCUAUUGUGAGUCAUACUUCAGCUUCUACACAAGGCCAGAAAACUUUCCCUGGGAAUCAACCUAUUUUGAUCGUAGAAAAUUCCACCAAGAAUGCUUCAGCAAAAGCACAAGGAAAAACUCGCCCAGUAGUUGGCUCUAAGCUUGUGGCACAAGGAGUUCUUCGAAAGCCAGGGGAUGGUUCAGGCACUGGUCAAAAGACACAAGUUCAGCCUCCACCUGAAUGGACCAAAGGAAGUGGCCUUGAUGAGGCUCUUGACUUGGCUGACAUGUUGCAAAUGGAGUCCCAGGAUUGGUUCCUGGGAUUCGUUGAGAAUUUUCUGGAUGCCGAUGUGGACAUAUCAGCUUUAUCAGACAAUGGCCAAAUAGCAGGCAUGCUGACACAGCUCAAGAGUGUUAAUGACUGGUUAGACAAAAUAGGUUCAAACAAAGAUGAAGAGGAGAUGCCCCAGGUUUCAGCAGAGACCAUUGACAGGCUGCGAAAGAAAAUUUAUGAGUACCUUCUUACUCAUGUUGAAUCCGCGGCAGCUGCCCUAGGUUGUGGAUCACAACCAUCACCAACUACAGGAACAAAUGAAACAAAAGCGAAAAGGUGAGUCGAUAGAGUUUGAUCAUCUACAUGAAAUGCGGAAUUGCAGGUUUUCAGAUUCUACAGUCCUAAACCACCAAGUGGACCUAGGAACUUAUUUGAUGUGUACAUAAAUCCUAUUGGGUUUAAAGUAUAGACGGAAAGCAGUCAUUCAUAUCAAAGGAAAGGCAUUUGAUUGAUGUGAAGAACAUGAUUUCUUUUAUCUCCUAUUUUCUACAGUUUUUUUACUACACAAAUGAAAACCGUAUGACUAG